AUGCCUCGUCGAUACAAUAACACUGCACGAUGUCGUGCUAACCGUCGUCAUCGCCGUCGUUUAAGAAAUUCUUCUUCGUUUCCUCUUUAUGAAGCUUUAGAUAUAGUUGGAGAUGAAAAUAGACGGUUGGUACAACUGGUGCAACAACUAAGAGAACGUAUCAAAACUUUGGAGGAAGAGGUAGAAAGACGUCAGGAGAAGAUUGUUGAAGGAGUGGAAAAUCAUUGGAGAAGAGAAGUUCAAUAUGAGAGGUUGCUAAAGGAACGAAAUAGGUUAAGGGCACGAAUAGAAGAUUUGGAAGAACA